UGCCUAAUUUUAUUGAUUUUUGAGGUGAUGCGUUUUACUGGAAUACGUAAUUAAUGAACUGACGAAAAUUUUAACCGAGAGUAAUGAGACGUGCCGAAAAUAAGAACGAGAUUGAAACAGAUACAGACGAUGACGAAUCAAUUACUGAAAGUGAAACCAUUUCGACAGAAAAGAGUUCCAAAAAUAUCAGUACUGCUACGGCUAAACUAUUUUGCAAAUGGCUGCCGAAGAAAUGGGUUAAACUCUCCUUCUUAUUGCUUAACAGCGUAGUUCUUCUCACAGGUGUAACGGCGAUAACAACAGCUAUUUGGAUGUUGUCUGAUGCAAACUUUACAUCUAGACUGCUUAGCCAACAGCUUUUCAUGACUAUUGUAUUAAUUUUAGGAGUGUUUGUGUCUCUUGUAGCUUUUAUUGGAAUUAUAGGAAUCACAAAGAAAAAAGAUUAUUUCAUGAUUUUUUACUUAAUGUGCCAUUCGAUCGCUCUCUGUGCUGUAUUUGUAUGUCUGACAAUGAGUUUUCCGUUUUUCGACAUGAUUACGAAAAAGAUUCGAGAUGACAUGAACAACGCUAUAGAAAAUUAUCAAUCUUUAGAUUGGGCUAUGAAAGCAUGGGAUAAUACUCAUAGAUAUUUAAAAUGCUGUGGAAUUAAAUCACCCAAAGACUGGUUAGAUCAUCAAUUAAGCAUUCCACAAAGUUGCUGUUCUGUGUCACCUGAACAGUGCCUGCACAUGACAGAGAAUGUAUCUUAUAAAUCUGGAUGCUUAAAAGGAGCUUAUAUGCUAUUAAAAUCGUACAUUCAGAUUGCUUCUAUUUCAACGCUUGUCAUAUUUCCAAUUUUGUUAAUCAGCGUAAUUUUAGCGUUUGGUUUACGAAAAAUGAAGAGGAGUCAAUUAAUACUAGACGAAGCGACAUAUUCAUGAAGACAUCGAGGGUGAACGUGACUUAGAAGUGAAUGACAAGUCCGGUGAAACGUUUUCCCGUUUUUUAUUAUCAUAUAUAGAUCAUAUAUUUUCUGAAAACACUUAAUAUAUUGUACUUAAGAUAGUAAUAUUGUAAGUUUAUUGGACAUGCUGGUUGGAUCGCCGUCUGCCGUGUGGCAGUGGUUCAAGUGGAAAAGUCCGUAAAUUACUCACUUCCGGCGUUUCUACGAUGAUCAUCGAAUCAGGAUGUGUUUUCAACACGCGGGGGAGAAGGGGGAGGCGAAAAAAUACAUUUAUAAAAAUUGCUCGUGACCAUCGUAAUGUUCUCGUUUACGGAAAGGUUCAAAUGGUUGAGGGAGGGAAGUCUGAUCGAAUGGCGGGGAGGAUGAGUUCUUCCUUUUUUCUUCUUUUCCCUACGAUAAAAUAGAGCGUCUUACGUGAAAUCGAUUGCCUGUCGAUGCGAUACGAAAUAUUGACGUAGUGAUAAUUUAACGCGCGCGAUGCACCUGUCUUUUUCUCUCCAUUAAUCUUCUCGUCUAAAUUAUCGCUAAACGGCUGCGGCAGUCGACACCGCGUUUAUGUAUAGCGUGUGUGCGUGUGUAUGCUGUGUCCAUGUUACGCGUUGUGUGUGUGUGUGUGUGUGUGUGUGUGUGUGUGUGUGUGUGUGUGUGUGUGUGUGUGUGUGUGUGUGUCCUGACUCGUGUAUGAGAUGUGUACGGAUUCUAUAGCCGUGGAAAUGGGGGCGGGGAGGACAGAGGGCUUCGGGCGCAGUUUCAGGCAGGUUCCCAUCCAAUUACAGAUAUAUUAUAUCAUAGCAAACAUCGUGACUAUUUACAAUAAAUACAGUUGAUUAGGUUAUAUAAAUAAAAUAUAUAUAAUAUCGUAUCGUUAGGUUUAGGUUUACAGCAACACGUGACAGUAAACAAUUAGAUCAGCGGCAAAGUAGCGUUAAUCUAUCUAAGGUAGUGGUCGUAGUAGCUUUAGCGUGACUGACUCUUCCGUUCGCUUUUCGCGCUCGCUUAAUCUUCAGUAUCUCUCAUUUUCACGCUCUCUUUCUUUCCUUCCUUCGUUCUCGCUCUACAUUUAUCACUCUCGCAUCCUCAACUUCCCGUUUCACGUUUUUUCUGGAAUUUCGUUUUUUUUUUCCCCCCCCCCCCCCCUCCCUUUUUUUUCGGCGUAGAGUCGCGCUCGAGAACCAAUCGCGCCGCAAAUUGGUGGAUCGACGGUUACUGCUAUAAUUGGCCACUCUAGCUCCUCUCGUGUGUACAUAUAUAUAUUUAUAUUUCAUCUCAAUAUAUUUAUAUAUAUAUUAUAUUUAUUUAUUUAUUUAUUUCACAUAAUCGUUAUUUCUUCGCGCGUUCUACUUCGUUUCUUUUUAUUUAUUUAUUUAUUUAGAGAAGUACGUUGUCACGACCCCCCGCGGGCGAUCGCGAAGGAUGAACGAAUCUGGAACGAGUUCGCAAAAACGAGAGAUGAAACUUCACGGAAGUUAGAGAAUGAAUUUUUUUUCUAAUAUUAUAAUCGCGUAAGACGGGGUCGGGCCUCGAGUCGAGUUUUUGGGGGUCCCCGCCCGUGCGACAUGUAUAUCGCGGCUACCUGGCCCGCUCAUUAAUUUGACACGUGAUAUUUAAAAAAUAGUUGAUUCUUCUUGAACGCACUGUUGCCGGAUCCAACAGCGGAUAAUGCGGUUAAAGAUCAAGAGUGUGAGGGCAGUGUGAAGGGCAGUGGGAGGAGCAAGUGUGAGGGGUUGGCUGGCCAAGGGGAAACGAUGAGUGUUUAGAUGUGCACGAAUGUCGAAGCACUCCUAUUUCGCUUAUCUAGAGAAAGCAGAAGCCCUCGGAAGAUUAACGGAAAUUACCCUCAAAUAUUAUAUAUUCUCACGAAAUUAUCACCACUGCUGAAAGAGGUAGCUGUCUCAUUGUUACAGUUACAAUAAUUGGAUAGUAUUCAAUACAGCCGAGGAUUGUAUUAUUGAAUUUAAACACGAUUUUAAAGCGAUUGUUUCUAAGAAAUCGAUUUAAAAAUACAAUCACAGCAAAUUAAUCGAGAUUAAUAGAUUUUAAAAUUUUCGCUAUUAUCAUAUAUGAGUGAGUUUUCUAAAAGUGAAGUUAAAACAAAGCGAAAUAGAAUCGUGUCAGUUAUGCUUAGAUAAGCGAGGGAGGAAUGCGGCUCGACGAUCGAGCCCGUUCGCGCGGCCGUCUGCCAGAGAAACGCAAUGAGCAACGCGCAGGAA